UGCAGACUUCGAACUUAAAACUAGAGGACAGACCAACGGCGGCUACUACAAGCGGCGGCGAACUCGGCUGUGACCUACGACCGCAGCCUAGAUGCGUGCAAGGUUCUGUCCUAAACGGGUACGCGGAUUGGCGAACGAAUCGGAUCUGUCAUCGCGACUGAACGACGCCUAAUCGACGCCAGGGACUCCUAGGAGACUACAGGUGAGUCGACCCAGCCUGGCGCGUCUUCUCCUUCUCCGUCUCCGGCGCCUAGGCUACGCCAUGAUGAUUAUGCACGUGACGUGAAAGAAUGUCACUCUCUAAAAUCUAAGGCGAAUCGUGCAAUUGCUUUUAGGUAUAUAUCACCAUUUUAAGAAGCCGAUCGACUUUAAAAGGAAGCAGAAGAUGCUAGUGAAAUUGAGGUCUUCCGUCUUUAGUACUCCUCAAUACACCUCACUUCUGCACUCCAAAGUUUAUUCCCUAGCUCCUCCAUCUUCAGUCUCUUUCGUAAUCCCUUCAUCUUUCCGUCAUGCCACUUUCAAGACCUCUAAAGCUUUACCACAGUCUGAAACCGCUAGCAUUCCGCAAAAUGACUUAUUUGUGCCACCUGGAGUUAACCCAGAAGUUAUUACUGACAAAAUGAUCCUGCCCCGCUCUAAUAUUGUCAUUGGACCAUAUGCUGGAGACUCCAAGAUUAACAGUGUGGAGUUUGUGAAGAGUAGCAAUAAGGUGAAGGACUGCCCUAAGGACAAUCGACCUGAAUUUGCCAUGCUGGGUCGGUCAAAUGUGGGAAAAUCCUCCCUCAUUAAUGCUCUGGUUCGAAAGAAAGAGGUUGCUCUUACAUCUAAGAAGCCGGGGAAAACUCAGCUGAUUAAUCACUUCUUAGUGAACAAAAGUUGGUAUAUUGUGGAUUUGCCUGGCUAUGGUUUUGCCAAUGCCUCUGCAUCUGCUAAAAUGGAUUGGUCCUCUUUCACUAAAGGAUACUUCUUAAACCGAGACACUUUGGUUUCGGUUCUGCUUUUAAUUGAUGCAAGUGUACCAACUCAGAAGAUUGACCUUGACUGUGCUAAUUGGCUUGGCCGAAAUAAAAUACCAAUGACCUUCGUCUUCACGAAGUGUGACAAGAUGAAGGGGGGGAAAGCAAAACCGCCGGAUGAAAACAUAAGAGAAUUUCAAGAGUUUCUCAGACAAAAUUAUAAAUACAUUCCUCCAUGGAUAGCAACGAGCAGUGUCUCGGGAUUAGGAAGGGAUGAACUUCUUUUGCAUAUGUCUCAGUUGAGGAACUUUUGGGACAGUGAUUUGCCAGACUAAAGAGCCUAUUUGGUUUGGAUCACAGGAACUGGCAUUGAUCAAGCAUUUGCAGCUGUUGGUGAUGAUAACAUUGUUAGAAUCUAUGUCGAGGCAAACACUACUCCCAUCCUCCAGUUUGGAAGACACGUGCAUUUGGGAAUCUGAGAUGAGUUGCCAUCUUGAGCUAUUACCCGAACAUGUAGUACCAAGUUUUGCUGGUUUUCCAAGACCUUCUGCCUCUAAGCAAUUGUUAGAUUCUUCAUCUGUUAAUGUAUUAGCGGGAGAUGUAGAGUAAUUCCAUGCUGUUGACUCAGAGCAUGGACCUAACUCAAGUGGUUGGAGGAGUGAAACUCUUCUAAUACAUAGCCCAGUCAUUGGAUGGAAAAUUAGUUUAUGUGGACAACACUCUUCAUAACCUGGUCCUGCAUGUAUGUCACAUUUAGAAUUAGUUUAUGUGGACAAUACUCUUCAUAACCUGGUCCUGCAUUUACAAAUUAGCUCGGAAUUUGAUGGGUCGGAUGACAGAGUACCUUGAAAUGGAGACUGAAGGGCAGAAAUGGUCUGAAGGAAGGUGGUGUUCCUUGGCUGACUCCAAUUCCAAGUAAGAACCCCAUAAAACUCUUCAAGUCCAACAGUUCCUUCCCUAAUGUAAUAACUUCCUGCCAGUGUCCAUAGUGCCCAGUCAAGGUCCAACUCAGCUGCCAAACCCAAGAAGCAGCUGAUAUACCUAUUAUCAUUUACAUUAAUACCCCUUUGAUCAAUCCCAAACUCGCUCACAAACAAUGGGUACCCUUUAUCCAAUAAAAAACCUCCUCUGCUCAUUAUGUCAUUACUUAUUCGCCCGCAUGCUCUGUUUGAGUUGCCCGAUGCCCACUCCUGCCCAUCAGUGAAGCUAUACCUAUGAACCUCAAAAACCAACUUGCCAGAGAACGUCAAGUUCACUGGCCUACUCUUGAGGAAAGAUAGAUCCUUAUCAAAGCUUAGCCCGGAAAGGAUAACUAGAACAUUAGGGUUUGCUGCAUGCACUGUUUCAGCUCCUUGCUGCAUAUACCUG